GACAAGGAACGCCGUGUUGGAUUCAUUCCCCCUUCUCUCUCUUCCCGAGCUCCACUCUCUUCCAUGGCGACAACCCACACUCUCAGUCCUCAUCCCAUAACCUUUCUUAAGCCCUUCCCAAAACCCACAGCUGGAGUCACUCUUCCGCAAUCCCGAACUCUGCGUCCAUGGCGGACCCGAUCUAGGAAACUCCCCCUUCCUUCAGCUUCGGGCAUCUGGGGUGCACUCGCCGGCGGCAACUCUUCCCGCGAGGCGGCCGCCGCCAUUCUCCGCGGAAUGCUUCUCUUCAGGCAGGGAGAUGUGAUGGGGUCUUUGGUGGAGUUUGACAAAGCUAUCAAGCUCAAUCCGCGCCAUAGAGAAUAUCUUUGGCAAAGGGGACUGUCACUCUAUUAUAUGGAUAGGUUUGAGGAAGGGGCAGAGCAAUUCCGAUUAGAUGUUGCCAAGAAUCCUAGUGACACAGAGGAGUCCAUAUGGUGCUUUCUCUGUGAAGCUCAGUUGUAUGGCACAGUUGAAGCAAGAAGAAGAUUUCUGUUGGUUGGUGUAGAUCCAAGACCUGUUAUGCGAGAAGCUUAUAACCUGUUUAAGGAAGGUGGUGACCCAGAAAAGUUUGUUGAAGAAUUUUCAACCGGGCAACCAAGCGAGUGUUUUUAUUCUUCUCUCUAUGCCGGGCUUUAUUAUGAAUCACAGAAGGACAUAGAAAAAGCAAAGGGUCAUAUUGUUGCUUCAUGUCAAUCUCUUUAUGGCUCAAGGUCCGAUGAUUACAUGGCUUCGCUUGCCAAGGUGCAUUGCGGAUGUCGGAGAAAAUUAUGGGAUGGAUGACAUGGCACCCAAAUGGUUUGACUUAAUGUGCAACGCCAAUGUUUAAACUCCUCUUCAAACCUUUCCACCAAUUAUCCAGCAAACCGUGCAACGGCAAAGUUUAGCAUGCCGACAUGGCACUCAAAUGGUUUAUGAUUUUUUUUCGGUGAUUUUUCUAUAUUUGCUACUUUUCUACCAUUAUUUUAAAUAUACGCAUAUUACAUUAACUUACUUUUACAUCAGUUUCAAGCGAAUCGUGUGACAUGGGGAAUCGGUAUUCUACUCCCAUACCCUAAUCCACAAGAACCUUAUGAUGAUAAUGUAGUUGAUGACAAUUAGAAUGCUCUCCGCGCGGUAAGAUUUUUUAUGUUGAGCAUUCCAAUUUUUAAUUGUCAACAUAAAAAAUCUUACCGCGCGGAGAGCAUUUCAAUUGUCAUCCGCUACAUUAUCAUCAUAAGGUUCUUGUGGAUUAGGGUAUGUGAGUGGGAUACUGAUUUCCCCGUGUCAGGCGCUUCGCUUGAAACUCUGAUAUAAAAGCAAGUAAACGUAACAUGCGUAUAUUUUAAAAUAAUGGUGCACAAGUAGCAAAUAUAAAAAAAUCACCGAAAAACAAAAAAAAAACCAUUUAGGUGCCAUGUCGGCAUGCUAAACUUUGCCGUUGCACGGUUUGCUGGAUAAUUGGGUGGGAAGGUUUGAGGAGGACUUUGAACUGAUGUAAUUAGCCACUUUCGAGAAAAUUAUUAGAAACAGUCGUCCUAUGAUAUGUCACCAAUUGGACUUAAUAUCACUGCUGGCCAGAGAAUGUUGGGUUUAUAGGCAGUCAGUCACUCAGUUUUAUAGCGCUGUAUAAGUAAAAAUUUAUGAUGUUAAAGUGGUGUGAAAAACGGUUUCCCCUCUUUUUGUUUUUUUUUAACUACCACUUCCCUCCCUUUUUAGUCUUUCUCAUUUACCAGUAGAAUCAUAAGGUCGAAUUG